UACGCUGGCGGAGCGAAUAAAGCUUCACUUACGUCGUGGGCGCAGUGGCUCCUUGUAAUGGCGACCGUGCCGCGGAUGCGCCCGAGCUCUCUCUCUGUGAAAAUGAAGCGAAGAAGAAGUUAUUUCCACUGAAUUGCCAAGGAAGAGGACUUCUCUGCGCCCUCGCGAACGUGCUCGACUUCGCCGCUGCUUUUUUGUUUUUGUUGGAGGGGGAACGUCUGCGCCUCCCACCUCCGCCCCGCGAUGAUGAAGCUCAAGUCCAACCAGACCCGGACGUACGACGGGGACGGCUACAAGAAGCGGGCCGCCUGCCUGUGCUUCCGGAGCGAAUCGGAGGAGCAGGUGCUGCUGGUGAGCAGCAGCAGACAUCCUGACAAGUGGAUCGUUCCCGGAGGGGGCAUGGAACCCGAGGAGGAGCCCAACGUCGCCGCUGCCCGGGAAGUGUGCGAAGAGGCAGGGGUGAAAGGAACGUUGGGUCGCUUGGUGGGCGUGUUUGAGAACCAGGAGAGGAAGCACAGAACCUUCGUGUACGUUCUGAUCGUGACAGAAGUUCUAGAAGACUGGGAGGACUCGCUCAACAUUGGGAGGAAAAGGGAGUGGUUUAAAAUCCAGGAGGCGGUGGACUUGUUGCGCUGUCACAAGCCCGUGCAGGCCACCUACUUCCAGGCCCUCCAGGAGACCUGCCCCACCAGCAACGGGACCCCUCUGGUGGCCACGAUAGGCGGGGACCUGCCCCCCACCUACACCCUCACCCAGAGCUCCGUCUCGGAUGUCAGAUAACUAAAAACCUCUUCUUCUGCUCUGCCUUGCCAACUCUGCCGUGCCAUGGCGGCACAGACUGCAUGAAAACAACCUUUGCCCCCCCCCCCCCCCCCCCGGCCCUACGGACGCACCUUACCAACGCAAAGAAGGACCUUUUUACCGUCGUCAUGUAAACGUGUGUAUCUAGUGCUUUUCAACAGCCUCCAUUUUCUUUCUCCGGCCACACCCCUCUUUUUAGAUGCUCCCGUGUACAGUCUGGAACAAUCACUCGGCGGGGGAGUGACAGAAUGUCAACAUUUCAGCGUUUCCUCCCACAUAUCACCCACUUCCUGUCCGUUUGCUUCGAUUGUUUACAUUUUUUGCCCCCCGGUAGCGUUGAAUCCGCACCCCUCCCGGAAACUUCACCAGUCCGAGCACAAAAAAGCCUUGAACACUUUGUUGUCCACACCUUCUUUCUUGUCGGACACACCAAGACUCUCUUAGGCCGGCGGCGUUAUAUACUGUGAAACUGUAGGAGAGGACUUGUUGUAAAUUAUUUCUGUAUAGAUCAACUGGGGAGUGAGAAUCCUGCGAGCAUGCGAGACGGGUCCUUUUUGAAGUCUGCGUUCUGACACGGGCUGAUUUCUUUCUGGACCACGGUCCUCCCAGCUGUGACCAGAUGUUGUAUGCGUGAAAUGGAUGGUGGCAGUGGAAUUAACGCCGGAUCUUCUGUCACCACCCUGGCGGGUUGGAGGGAUCCCUUGUUUUUGGGGAAGUUGCUGACUGUGCAAGAAGAGGUCACCGCGAACAGGUUUUCCCUUCUUAUCACAACGACUGAAUACAAGCGACUUCCUCAACCAGUUCAAAAACAAACACGAGGAGUCUUUAUUUUUAUUGGCGCCUAUCAGAAAAGGCCAAAGUCUGGGUUUACGACGGUCUUUCAUGGAGUCUGGAUGCGACUGUGGAGGGCGUUGACCUCGAAGGUCUGACGUCCGAUCAGAUACUUGGUCCUGGUCUAACGCUACUUUGUGCUAAACGUGGUGCUUGAUUUGAUUUGUCUGCUUUCAAAACGACGUCCCUGACUCCCAAGUUACCACGGUCUACAAGUGGACUGUAGUAGCAAGUUACCACAGUCUACAAGUGGACUGUAGUAGCAAGUUACCACGGUCUACAAGUGGACUGUAGUAGCAAGUUACCUCGGUCUACAAGUGGACUGUAGUAGCAACGUUUGGUUGAAGGUGUCCACUUUGACUCCCAAGUUACCACGGUCUACAAGUGGACUGUAGUAGCAAGUUACCACGGUCUACAAGUGGACUGUAGUAGCAACGUUUAGUUGAAGGUGUCCACUUUGACUCCUAAGUUACCUCGGUCUACAAGUGGACUGUAGUAGCAAGUUAUCACGGUCUUCAAGUGGACUGUAGUAGCAAGUUACCACGGUCUACAAGUGGACUGUAGUAGCAAGUUACCACGGUCUACAAGUGGACUGUAGUAGCAAGUUAUCACGGUCUACAAGUGGACUGUAGUAGCAAGUUAUCACGGUCUACAAGUGGACUGUAGUAGCAAGUUACCACGGUCUACAAGUGGACUGUAGUAGCAAGUUACCACGGUUUACAGGUGGGCUGUAGUAGCAAGUUACCACGGUCUACAAGUGGACUGUAGUAGCAAGUUACCACGGUCUACAAGUGGACUGUAGUAGCAAGUUACCACGGUCUACAAGUGGACUAGUAGCAACGUUAAGUUGAAGGUGUCCACUUUUACUCCCAAGUUACCACAGUCUACAAUUGGACUGUAGUAGCAAGUUACCACGGUCUACAAGUGGACUGUAGUAGCAAGUUACCACGGUCUACAAGUGGACUGUAGUAGCAAGUUACCACGGUCUACAAGUGGACUGUAGUAGCAACGUUUGGUUGAAGGUGUCCACUUUGACUCCCAAGUUACCACGGUCUAUAAGUGGACUGUAGUAGCAAGUUACCACGGUCUACAAGUGGACUGUAGUAGCAAGUUACCACGGUCUACAAGUGGACUGUAGUAGCAAGUUGCCACGGUCUACAAGUGGACUGUAGUAGCAACGUUUAGUUGAAGGUGUCUACUUUGACUCCCAAGUUACCACGGUCUACAAGUGGACUGUAGUAGCAAGUUACCAUGGUCUACAAGUGGACUGUAGUAGCAACGUUUAGUUGAAGGUGUCCACUUUGACUCCCAAGUUACCACGGUCUACAAGUGGACUGUAGUAGCAAGUUACCACGGUCUACAAGUGGACUGUAGUAGCAAGUUACCACGGUCUACAAGUGGACUGUAGUAGCAAGUUACCACGGUCUACAAGUGGACUGUAGUAGCAAGUUACCACGGUCUACAAGUGGACUGUAGUAGCAAGUUACCACGGUCUACAAGUGGACUGUAGUAGCAACGUUUGGUUGAAGGUGUCCACUUUGACUCCCAAGUUACCACGGUCUACAAGUGGACUGUAGUAGCAAGUUACCACGGUCUACAAGUGGACUGUAGUAGCAACGUUUAGUUGAAGGUGUCCACUUUGACACCCAAGUUACCACGGUCUACAAGUGGACUGUAGUAGCAAGUUACCACGGUCUACAAGUGGACUGUAGUAGCAAGUUACCACGGUCUACAAGUGGACUGUAGUAGCAAGUUACUACGGUCUACAAGUGGACUGUAGUAGCAAGUUACCACGGUCUACAAGUGGACUGUAGUAGCAAGUUACCACGGUCUACAAGUGGCCUGUAGUAGCAACGUUUGGUUGAAGGUGUACACUUUGACUCCCAAGUUACCACGGUCUAUAAGUGGACUGUAGUAGCAAGUUACCACGGUCUACAAGUGGACUGUAGUAGCAAGUUACCACGGUCUACAAGUGGACUGUAGUAGCAAGUUACCACGGUCUACAAGUGGACUGUAGUAGCAAGUUACCACGGUCUACAAGUGGACUGUAGUAGCAACGUUUGGUUGAAGGUGUCCACUUUGACUCCCAAGUUACCACGGUCUACAAGUGGACUGUAGUAGCAAGUUACCACGGUCUACAAGUGGACUGUAGUAGCAACGUUUAGUUGAAGGUGUCCACUUUGACACCCAAGUUACCACGGUCUACAAGUGGACUGUAGUAGCAAGUUACCACGGUCUACAAGUGGACUGUAGUAGCAAGUUACCACGGUCUACAAGUGGACUGUAGUAGCAAGUUACUACGGUCUACAAGUGGACUGUAGUAGCAAGUUACCACGGUCUACAAGUGGACUGUAGUAGCAAGUUACCACGGUCUACAAGUGGCCUGUAGUAGCAACGUUUGGUUGAAGGUGUACACUUUGACUCCCAAGUUACCACGGUCUAUAAGUGGACUGUAGUAGCAAGUUACCACGGUCUACAAGUGGACUGUAGUAGCAAGUUACCACGGUCUACAAGUGAACUGUAGUAGCAAGUUACCACGGUCUACAAGUGGACUGUAGUAGCAAGUUACCACGGUCUACAAGUGGACUGUAGUAGCAAGUUACCACGGUCUACAAGUGGACUGUAGUAGCAACGUUUGGUUGAAGGUGUCCACUUUGACUCCCAAGUUACCACGGUCUACAAGUGGACUGUAGUAGCAAGUUACCACGGUCUACAAGUGGACUGUAGUAGCAAGUUAACAUGGUCUACAAGUGGACUGUAGUAGCAAGUUACCACGGUCUACAAGUGGACUGUAGUAGCAAGUUACCACGGUCUACAAGUGAACUGUAGUAGCAAGUUACCACGGUCUACAAGUGGACUGUAGUAGCAAGUUACCACGGUCUACAAGUGGACUGUAGUAGCAAGUUACCACGGUCUACAAGUGGACUGUAGUAGCAACGUUUGGUUGAAGGUGUCCACUUUGACUCCCAAGUUACCACGGUCUACAAGUGGACUGUAGUAGCAAGUUACCACGGUCUACAAGUGGACUGUAGUAGCAACGUUUAGUUGAAGGUGUCCACUUUGACACCCAAGUUACCACGGUCUACAAGUGGACUGUAGUAGCAAGUUACCACGGUCUACAAGUGGACUGUAGUAGCAAGUUACCACGGUCUACAAGUGGACUGUAGUAGCAAGUUACCACGGUCUACAAGUGGACUGUAGUAGCAAGUUACCACGGUCUACAAGUGGACUGUAGUAGCAAGUUACCACGGUCUACAAGUGGACUGUAGUAGCAAGUUACCACGGUCUACAAGUGGACUGUAGUAGCAAGUUACCACGGUCUACAAGUGGACUUUAGUAGCAAGUUACCACGGUCUACAAGUGGACUGUAGUAGCAAGUUACCACGGUCUACAAGUGGACUGUAGUAGCAACGUUUAGUUGAAGGUGUCCACUUUGACACCCAAGUUACCACGGUCUACAAGUGGACUGUAGUAGCAAGUUACCACGGUCUACAAGUGGACUGUAGUAGCAAGUUACCACGGUCUACAAGUGGACUGUAGUAGCAAGUUACCACGGUCUACAAGUGGACUGUAGUAGCAAGUUACCACGGUCUACAAGUGGACUGUAGUAGCAAGUUACCACGGUCUACAAGUGGACUGUAGUAGCAAGUUACCACGGUCUACAAGUGGACUGUAGUAGCAAGUUACCACGGUCUACAAGUGGACUUUAGUAGCAAGUUACCACGGUCUACAAGUGGACUGUAGUAGCAAGUUACCACGGUCUACAAGUGGACUGUUGUAGCAACGUUUAGUUGAAGGUGUCCACUCUGGAAGCAGAAGGCUGACAAGUGGCUCCAUCUAGUGGUCAAGUUGACGACGUGCAGGCCGACUGAACAUUGAUUGGCUCCAUAAAAAGACAUUUCUCCCAGCCAAAGACCUCAGACCGGAAGCAACAUCCUCACACUUGUUGGACACUGAGAUGGUUCUAGAAUAAAACUCAGCGCAGGACUGAAGAUUGUAAUAUAAAUGUGCCAACAAUAAACACCAGUAUUUCACGUA